UGGUGCUGUAGGCAUUUCACCCAUGCGCAACAAAAAUGACGCCUCCGACCGGAAGAUAGCUUCUGCGCCAACACGUUUUCGUUCUUUCUUUUCCUGUGGCAGCGUCGACGAACAUGGGCAAGAUCAAGGCUAGAGACCUGCGGGGCAAGAAAAAGGAGGAGCUGCUCAAGCAGCUGGAUGACCUGAAGGUAGAGCUGUCCCAGCUCCGCGUAGCCAAGGUUACUGGUGGAGCUGCCUCCAAGCUCUCUAAAAUUUGUGUCGUCCGCAAAUCCAUCGCCCGUGUUCUGACUGUCAUCAACCAGACUCAGAAGGAGAACCUGAGGAAGUUCUACAAGGGUAAGAAAUAUAAGCCCUUGGACCUGAGACCCAGGAAGACUCGUGCCAUCCGCAGGAGACUCAACAAGCAUGAGGAGACUCUCCGAACGAAGAAGAUGCAGAGAAAGGAUCGCCUGUAUUCUAUUCGCAAAUUUGCUGUCAAGGCUUAAGGUCGUUUGUCUUGUACAAAUAAAUUGACUAAAAAGAGA